CUGGGCUCCAGUGUUUCUCAGUCGUCCAACGGCAGCAUCCAACAUCAGUCGCUAGUUGCGGAAGCCACAGAAGCCCCAGAAUCCGCGGAUACAUUGUUACCUGAGUGAUCUUACAAGAUGUUCGGCAAUCAUCGGCUAAUGCUCUUCUGCUUCUGCCUGGGAGCACUGACCUGGGCAUCCCUGGCCAUCGAGGAGUCCACGGACAUUGAGGAGGACGUGAUCAGCAUAGCCAACCAGACGCAGAAGGUGAUCCGCGUGCAUCCGCACGACCUGCCGCCCAAGAAGGACACCACCGGCAGCCAAAUGAACUCGCCCUUCAUCCAGGUGCAAACGCUGCGUCCGGCAACGGCAACUGGAUCCGGAUCCGGAUCCAGUCAGCGACAGUAUGUGGACUCCAAGCAGAUGCGGAAGAGGCGUCCUCGUCCCGCCAAGCUGCUGGGUGGAAAUGUGGUGGCCGCCAGUGGUGAAGAUGCGACGCAGCCAGCCUUGAAAUACGAACUAAAAGCCUUUCCCAAGCAGAAACUCAAGCAGCAGAAGCAACUGAACUUGGACGCUAGGGGGGCUGGCGAUUUGUACGCGGGUCAGCAGUUGGAGCAGGUGAAGCAGGUGGAGGUCGGUGGCCAAGUAUUACCCGUUCAGAUGACGCCGGGCCCCUAUCCCAUCUACUAUGUGGUGUCCAAGACCAACGGACGCUUCGGCAAGUUCCCCAUCAAGUCGUUCCAAUCGCCCGCGGAGUUUGCCAAGUAUCUGGUGAAGAGCAAAGCGGAGCCCAUUGGCCGGGAUCAGCGAUUCGAGGUGAUCUUGUGAUCCAGCCGCUUAGUCAAAGUUAAAGUCUAAAUUAUUACCCCCUAAUCGUAGUCGUAACUAUAAUAAUAUUAUAAAUGCUAAUUGCCGCAAUAAACCCAUGUCUAAAAUUAGUCAAUGAAACAA